AUGUAACCAUCCAAUAAAAGCUUAGAAGAGUAUUAAGAAGAAAGAAUGAAAUUUACAAACUCUUGGACUUUCAUGAUGACUGCUCUAGGUUUUGCUGCAGGAUUCGGAAGUGUAUGGAGAUUUCCUUAUUGUAUGAUAAUAAACACUAUAUAGUGGUUUUUAAGAAUGGAGGAGGAACAUUUCUAAUUCCUUACUUUCUUCUUGUAUUCACAUUAGCCAUUCCAUUAUUCUUUCUUGAAGUUGGACUUGGAUAAACAAAAGGCAUGGGAUUUGCACAUCUAAUUGCCUCAGAAAAACCAAAAUUAGCAGGUUUUGGAUUUAUUGGCAUCAUAAUAGCCUCUUAUGUUUCUACAUAUUAUGUAUUUCUCAUUUAAUCAUAGAAUUUAAUCAUGGCUUAUUCAUUUAGAUUUUUAUGGGAUUCAUUCAAAUAUCCUUUGCCUUGGUUAGAAAGUAUAAUAAAUGAGGAAUAACCUUUUUCUAAGAACUAUUUUUAUGGUGAUAUUCUUCACAUAUCAGAUUCAAUCACAAACAUAAGUAUUAAUUUUUAAUAUUUAAUAAUAGAUGAAAUAGUAUGGAGUUUACUUAUUGCGUAUAUAGUUUCAUUAACAAUUGUCUAUUUUAUUAUUAAGUAUUUACUAUUGUAUAUUAUUAACUAGAGAAGGAGUUGGUACUUCAGGAAAAAUAGCAAUAGUGACAGCCACAUCUCCUUAUAUUUUAUUAGUGAUAUUAUUAAUAAGAGGUUUAAUGCUUGAAGGUUCUAGUGAAGGAAUUUAUUAUUUAUUUAAACCAGACUUUGUUAAAUUAUUUAAUCCAUCUGUUUGGGUAGAUGCUGCAAAUUAAGUCAUUUUUCAAAUGAAUGUUGGUUUGGCAAUUCUAUGUUUAUAUGGUAGUUAUAGAAAGAAGGAUGACAAUCUACCUAAUUUCUCUUAUGCUAUUCCUAUAAUUACUGCAUUAUGUGGUAUGCUUGCAGGAUUAGUUGUUUUUAGUUAUAUUGGACAUGUUAGUUUUAAAUUCAACAUUCCUAUAGAUGAAUUACCUGUAAAUAUCAAAAAUAUAAUUAGUUAUCUGGUCCUGAUUUGGCAUUUGUCUUAUAUCCAGCAAUUUUAGCUUAAAUGCCUAUGCCAAAUUUAUGGUGUAUUUUAUUCUUUUGUGUUUUGGUUUUAUUGGGAGUUGAUACUUAAUUUGGAUUUGUAGAUUUGAUUGCUGGAACAAUUGAGGAUGCUUGUUUAGGUGAGGUGUUUUUAUUUGGAUAUAAGUUGACAGUUCAAUAAGUGAGAUUAGGAAUUUGUAUUGUAUUAGGAAUUUUAGGAUCAAUUUAUUGUACUGAUAUUGGAUUUUAUCUACUUGAAUUUGUAGAUUUAUAUGGAACUACAAUAUCUUUUAUGGGAGGAUUAUUAUUUGAAGUUUUUUAUUUUGGAAAUUAACAAAGAUUUAAUUAAUUCAAAAAGGAUUUAGAAUAAUGUAAUAUUUAGAUCCCAAAAUUUAUUGAAUUCUCUAUUACUAAACUCUGUCAUUACACAGUUGUAAUUCUAUUAAUAAUAUCUGUGAUUUAAUAAAUUAAAGGAUCUUUGAGUUAUAAUGGAUUUUUUAUUGUUGUUGGAUGGUUUAUAUCUUUUUUACCAUUUUUAUGGGCUCUAUUAAUAUAUUUAUAGUAAAUGUUUUAUUUAUUCAUAAUUUUAGGAAAAGAAAUGAAAAAGAAGAAAAGACUGAAGAUGUUGAACUAAACUUACUAGAAAAAAAUUGA